AUGCUACGAGCAACGGCUAGGUGCAAACAGUUGUCUUUACCCCAGCUAAGUGUUCGGAGUUUUAAUUCUGUUACAAAAUUCACUGCAACCAAAACUGGAAGUGCUGGUGGCCCUUUCUCCCAGUUGCCAGAAUUCACACCAUUGCAGGAUAGUAUCCUGGUGUCACUACCGUCGUCAUGUUCGAUAUAUACCAAAAAGGGACGAAUCAGUGCUUUUUCGUAUGAUUCCAAAACAAAGACUCCCCAACACUCAAUGAUCCAGUUGGAGCCCACCCCGGAAUCCGGUUUCUCGAAGUUAUCCACGGGAGACGAAGCUCUAAACGCAAUGCUUGUUUCAAGCACACCGAUGUCGAAUGUUCUGAUAUUAGAAUUCGAUGAUUACGAGCGAGGCUGGUAUCUGAUGAACCCUCACAACAGCGUAAUGUGCUUCAGUGGAGAUCUGACAUUCCAAAAAGACCAUCAACUGGUUGGCCGUGGAGUUGUAGCCCUGUGCGGAGAAGGACCAAUCUUUCAGAUGGACCUUGCACCUGGUGAAACGGUGAUACUCAAUCCGAGUGCCGUCCUGGGAUACAACAAAGCCAUUUCAUUCAAUACCAUCGGGUUCACAUCGCAGGCCUUGGUGCCAAAGCCUAUUCGUGAUUGGGUUGUACGCUAUGCAGGCAACCACCUGGACAAAAUCAACCUACUCUGGUAUAAGUUUUUAAGCAGGGAUAAGUUGUAUUGCCAAGCAACCGGACCUGGUAAAGUGUUAGUCCAAACAGCAUUUUCGACCGGUUCAACCCUGUUCUCCGAUAAAGAUGUGAUAAAAGCAUUCAAGUAA